AUGAAUCAUCAGACAUCCACUACUACUCUAGGUUCUAUCAAAAGACCCAAAUUGACCCAGGAAGAACAAGCUCUACAAAAGGAAUGGAAGAAAUACGAUGACAUGAUUCAACAGAUCAAUCAAGCGAAAUGUUAUCUUGACAAGGAUGGUCCAGAGGAGCUUGAACAAUUGAUCACAAAAUGGAGAGCGAUUGCACAGCAUGUUGCUGAAGAGCUUCUCGCUGUCUUUAAUGAACAAAAGGAGCUAUUCACAAUGGAGACGUCUUGGGACUAUUGGGGUGACGAGGAGAGUAUCUUCAUGGAUGAAAGCACUGAUGAUCUUGAUGAGCGUGAAAAGCCCGAAGAAGAAGAAGACCCCAUGGUCCAAAUGCUUACACGCUUGAAGGUUGAUCCAGAAGUCAUUCACUAUUCAGCCGAAACCAACAGCUUCUACGACUAA